AGAAGCAUGGCGGCCGGACCGAUCACAGAACGUAAUCAAGAUGCAACAAUUUACGUUGGGGGACUUGAUGAAAAAGUCAGUGAGACCCUACUUUGGGAGUUGUUUCUACAAGCCGGGCCUGUUGUAAAUGUUCACAUGCCAAAAGAUAGGAUCACUCAACUUCAUCAAGGUUAUGGCUUUGUCGAGUUCCUCGGCGAAGAAGAUGCCGAUUAUGCAAUAAAAGUCAUGAACAUGAUAAAAGUUUAUGGAAAACCUGUCAGGGUCAACAAGGCAUCAUCUCAUAAUAAAAAUCUGGAUGUUGGAGCAAAUAUAUUCAUUGGUAACUUGGAUCCGGAAAUUGAUGAAAAAUUAUUGUACGACACAUUCAGUGCCUUUGGGGUCAUUUUACAAACACCAAAGAUAAUGAGAGAUCCAGAGACCGGCAACUCAAAGGGUUUUGCCUUUAUAAACUUUGCUAGUUUUGAUGCAGCUGAUGCAGCCAUCGAAGCUAUGAAUGGUCAACAUUUAUGCAAUCGUCCCAUCAGCAUUUCUUAUGCAUUCAAGAAAGAUGCCAAGGGUGAAAGGCAUGGCUCAGCUGCAGAACGUCUACUUGCAUCCCAGAAUCCUCUGGCACAAGCUGACAAGCCUCAUCAGUUGUUUGCUGAUGCUCCACCUACCCAAGUAAAUGCCUUUGAUCCCACCAUGAUGAUGGCUGGUGGGAUUCCACCUCCUCCUACCAUGCCCCCACCAGGUCUUCCUCCCCCUGGUAUGAUGCCAGGUCAAAUGCCUCCACCAGCAUUCCCACCUCAAGGUCUCCCACCUCCUGGAAUGCCUCCAGCACCACCACCUCCUAUGUCUAUGAGAGGUCCACCUCAUGGCCAUGAAAGAUCAGAUCAGACUGGUAGAGGACCGCCCGGCGAUAUCCGUCCACCUCCUCCUCGCCCCUUGAUGUCCGCCACGCCUCAAGGUUUCCCCAACCAACAGCAACACAGAGGAGCACCGCCCACUCCACCAAACCAAAACCAACGAAUGCCCAUGAUGCCUUUUGGUAUGCCCAUGGGUAUGCCCCCUCAAGGAGGUUUUCCCCCACAAGGUGGCUUCCCUCAUGGAGGUAUGGGUCCUCCCCAGGGAAUGCCUGGACCAGAAGGGAUGGGAAUGCCGAAUAUGCAGGGGAUGCCACCCCCUGGAAUGCCAAUGAUGCCAUUUGGAUUUCCACAAUUUCCAAACCAAGGCAUGCCAAACCAAGGAAGGUAGCGUAUAUUGUACUAUGCGGAACAACUCUAAUCUUGGAGCCCAUAGGAUAUGUGACAUGUGUUAAAGUACGUUGAUGCACGUCGAUUGAGGGAAAGUUUUUACAUCAUACAAACGCAAAAAUGGCGACGGACUUGCUUUUUUUUAGUAGACUAGAAAACCCCAUGUAUUGCCUUUUCUACUUAUGAAAUGGAUGUUCAUUUUGCCAAGUGAGGCAAAUACAGUCUCAAUGAUAAUUCUCUCUGGUGUUUAACCUCGUUAUUUAUAGAUACAAACACUUCAAAUGCACUAAUAACUAAUAUACUGUCUGUCGUUCUCACUUGGCAAGAUGACGUCAAUCGUAACGGUGACGUGAAAAUUAUCGUUCCAAUUAUCGAAAAUUAUUAAAUGGUUCCAUUUGGUCUAAGAAAUGGACAUGUUAGCGAAAGUACCGGAAUUUUCCACUUCAGAUUUUUUUAUCAAACAAAGUCAGUCGAUCGGGUAAAUUGAAUUUCAACAGAGUCAGUCGGAUUAAGGCCCGAUUACAUUUGCAAUUUUUGCUGGGGUUUAUGUACGAUUUUAUUCUUUUGAUAGAUGUGAACGAGUGAAUUAGUUACUGAUGUUCAAAUAAGAGCUCUUGUACAUCAGAGCGUUCAUAACUAAUUACUCAUUCACAUUUAUCAAAAGAGGCAUUAAGUCGCGGCAAAGAUCACAAGUUUCCGUCUUUUUGGCACAGCAGUGACUCUGGCAUUUGAGUAAUUCGUCCGUGCGAAAUAUUAGCUGAUAAGUCCAUGAGCACAGUCAUUCAUGAACCAUGUGAUGAGCCUGAUGAUUGAAAAUCUCAUUUCCACCCAUUGUGUUGACUACACCGCUUGUUGUCAGCGUCCUUCCCAGUGCACUUAAUUGUGCAAUAGUCGCCUCGGUAUACUCUGUUGAGAUUAAUUAUAAAGUGAAUUUGCAAUAUUACUGACCAAUUAGCAAUGUUACUCAAAGCCCGUAGGUAAA